ACGCAGCAGCAUGGCCAGCGUGCUGUCCCGCCGCCUGGGUAAGCGGUCGCUCCUGGGAGCCCGGGUGCUCGGCCCCAUUGCCUCUGAUGGGCCCCUGGGGGCCGGGCCGCCCUUGGAGCCACAGGUGGAGCUGCCAGAGGGCGCCGCCCCCCAACCUGUCCUCACCUGCAAGGACCCUGGGAGCCGGGAGCAGCCCCAGGAGCUCCUGCAGGCCCUGGGCUCCGCAGGCCUGCAGCAGGUGGCCUUCCAGCCCGGACAGAAGGUCUGCGUGUGGUAUGGGGGCCGGGAGUGCACGGGCCUGGUGGAGCGGCACAGCUGGGCAGAGGACAAGGUGACCGUGUGGCUCUUGGACCAGAAGUUGCAGAUCUGCUGCAAGGCGGAGGAGGUGUGGCUGGCGGAGCUGCAGGGCGUUGUCCCCCAGGCGCUGUCCCCGGAGCAUGGCGCCCAGGCACCGGCCUACAGACCGGUCUCCAGGAACAUCGAUGUCCCCAAGAGGAAGUCGGAUGCGGUGGAAAUGGACGAGAUGAUGGCGGCUAUGGUGCUGACGUCCCUGUCCUGCAGCCCGGUUGUGCAGAGCCCUCCCGGGGCUGAAGCCAACUUCUCUGCUUCCCGAGUGGCCUGCGGUGACCCUUGGAAGGAGAGCGGGGACGUGUCUGACAGCGGCAGCAGCACCACCAGUGGCCACUGGAGCGGCAGCAGCGGCAUCUCCACGCCCUCGCCCCCACACCCCCAGGCCAGCCCCAAGUAUUUGGGGGAUGCCUUUGGUUCUCCCCAAACUGACCAUGGCUUUGAGACUGAUCCUGACCCUUUCCUGUUGGACGAACCAGCUCCACGCAAAAGGAAGAACUCUGUGAAGGUGGUGUACAAGUGCCUGUGGCCCAGCUGUGGCAAAGUUCUGCGCUCCAUCGUGGGCAUCAAGCGACACGUCAAAGCCCUGCACCUGGGGGACUCCGUGGACUCUGACCAGUUCAAGCGGGAGGAGGAUUUCUACUACACAGAGGUGCAGAUGAAGGAAGACCCUGCCGUGACCGCAGCUGGCCCUUCUGCCCCUGGGACUCCUACUGCCGAGCCGGCCCCCACCGCCCGAGUGACCAGUCCGUCCCUCGCUGCCCUCCCUCUGCCUCCGCCCAAAGCCCAGUGCUCUGGCUCCAAACACCCUGGCCUGGAGUCUUCCCUGCCUUCAGCUGCGCUCAGCAAGUCGGCUCCCAGCUCCUUUUGGCACAUUCAGGCCGACCAUGCGUACCAGGCUCUGCCAUCCCUCCAGAUCCCUGUGUCCCCCCACAUCUACACCAGCAUCAGCUGGGCCGCCGCCCCCGCCACUGCCUCCCCGCUCUCUCCGGUCCGGAGCCGCUCACUCAGCUUCAGUGAGCCGCAGCAGCCGCCACCUGCCGUGAAGUCUCACCUGAUCGUCACCUCUCCACCCCGGGCCCAGAGCAGCACCAGGAAAGCCCGCGGCGAGGCCAAGAAAUGCCGCAAGGUGUACGGCAUCGAGCACCGGGACCAGUGGUGCACCGCGUGCCGGUGGAAGAAGGCGUGCCAGCGCUUCCUGGACUGA